UGCUAACAACCAUUUUAUAGGCACAAAAUGCAUCCAGGCUAGAUCCACCGACGCCAUGGAUAAUCUUUUUUAGGCAAACAGUGGAUUAGAUCCGAAAGAAUCUACUUUUUCGUACUGCACAGACUACUGUCGCCCUGUGGUUGAUUUUAAUUCGCUCCUUGUGCAAUGUGAAGGCAUCUUCCUCUGAAGCAUCGUCGUGUGCAGGUCAGUGUCACUAUAAAAUGGCAGGCCACCUCUGCUAACGAGCAACAACUAGCUCUCACUUCUUGUCGUGGUAGCUGAGCUGCUGAGACGAUCGAGCUGUGUGAAGUGAGCUCAGGAGGAGGAAGGAGAAGCAAUGGCGGCCAUGCUGCUGCACGGCACCCUCGACGCCACCAUCUUCGAGGCCAAGUUCAACAUCCCAGUCAGCAAGUUCCUCGUUGGUCUCAUCCCACGCGUCGAUGGCAUCCCCACGGGGCUGCCGCAGCUGUACGCGACGGUGGACCUCAGCCGGGCGCGCGUCGGCCGGACCCGCGUCGUCGACGACGACCCGGCGAACCCGCGGUGGAACGAGUCGUUCCGUAUCUACUGCGCCCACUCCACCACCGACGUCGUCUUCUCCGUCAAGGCGGCGCUCCCAGUCGACGCCGCGCUCGUCGGCCGCGCCUACCUCCCCGUCCAGGACCUCCUCAAGGCGAAAGGCGGCGAGGUGAUCGACCGGUGGCUGGACAUCCUUGACGAGGGCAUGAUGCCGCUCCUGCACGGACCCAAGAUCCACGUCCAGGUCCGCUUCACCGACGUCGCCCACGACCCCCAGUGGGGCUGCGGCGUCGGCGGCGCGCAGUUCACCGGCGUGCCCAAGACCUUCUUCAAGCAGCGGCAGGGGUGCCAGGUCACGCUGUACCAGGACGCGCACGUUCCCGACACGUUCAAGCCGCUGGGCAUCCAGCUCGCCGGCGGCCGGCCGUACGAGCCGCGGCGGUGCUGGGAGGACGUGUACGACGCCAUCGCCGGCGCGAAGCACGUGGUGUACAUCACCGGCUGGUCCGUGUUCCCGGAGAUCACGCUGGCGCGGGACGGCGGCCGGCGCCAUCCCGGCGGCGGCGUCACCCUCGGCGAGCUCCUGAAGCGCAAGGCCGACGAGGGCGUGCGCGUGCUCAUGCUGGUGUGGGACGAUCCCACCUCGGUCCUGAACCUCGGCCUCAUCGACGGGCAGAUGAAAACCAACGACGCCAUCACGCUCAGGUACUUCAGGGGCAGCGGCGUCCACUGCGUCCUCUGCCCUCGCGAACCCGACGACGCCGCCAGCUUCGCCCAGGGCCUCAAGACCUUCGCCUUCAGCCACCACCAGAAGUGCGUCGUCGUCGACGUCGCCGACGUCGCCGGCGGAGGACGCCGCCGCAUCGUCAGCUUCAUCGGCGGCCUCGACCUCACCAACGGCCGCUACGACACGCCGGAGCACACCCUGUUCCGGACGAUCAACACGGCGCACAGCAACGACUUCUACCAGGGCAACCUCCACGGCGCGACGAUCGCCGCCGGCGGGCCGAGGGAGCCGUGGCACGACAUCCACUGCAAGAUCGAGGGACCCGCCGCCUGGGACGUGCUCCACAACUUCGAGCAGCGGUGGAGGAAGCAGGGCGGCAAGGACGGCAUCGUCCACAACCUGCUGUUCCCGUGGAAGGCCCAGAAGGACGUGCUCGUCGACCUCCGGGGCAUGGAGGACGUGAUCGCGCCGCAGUCGACGCCGGCGGCUCCCGCCGGCAACGACGAGUCCUGGAACGUGCAGGUGUUCCGGUCCACCGACAGCAGCGCCUGCGACGGGUUCGCCAAGACCCCGGCGGAGGCGGCGCAGUCAGGGCUCGUCAGCGGCAAGGACCACGUCAUCGAGCGGAGCAUCCAGGACGCGUACAUCCACGCCAUCCGCCGCGCCAACCGCUUCAUCUACAUCGAGAACCAGUACUUCCUCGGCAGCUCCUUCGGGUGGAAGCCCGACGGCGUGACGCCGGAGAACAUCAACGCGCUGCACCUCAUCCCCAGGGAGCUCUCGCUCAAGAUCGUCAGCAAGAUCGAGGCCGGCGAGCCCUUCGCCGUCUACGUGGUGGUGCCCAUGUGGCCGGAGGGGGACCCUUCGAGCUGGAACGUGCAGGCCAUCCUGCACUGGCAGAGGAAGACCAUGGAGAUGAUGUACGGCGACAUCGCCGCCGCGCUCAAGGCCAAGAACAUCGACGCCGACCCCAAGGAUUACCUCUCCUUCUUCUGCUUGGGCAACAGGGAGGCGAAGCUGGAGGUGCCUCGUGAGUACGAGCCCAAGAGCCACCCGCCGCGUGGCAGCGACUACGACCGGGCCCAGAAGGCGCGGCGCACCAUGGUCUACGUUCACUCCAAGCUCAUGAUUGUUGACGAUGAGUACAUCAUCGUCGGAUCGGCGAACAUCAACCAGCGGUCGAUGGACGGGGGCCGUGACACGGAGAUCGCCAUGGGCGCGUACCAGCCGGCUCACCUCAACGCCGAUGGCCAGGCCGCCAGAGGCCAGGUCCAUGGCUUCCGGAUGUCGCUGUGGUACGAGCACCUCGCCGAGCUCAAGGACGUGUUCAAGGACCCGGGGAGCCUGAAGUGCGUCCGGGCGGUGAACAAGAUGGCCGGCGAGUUCUGGCAGCGCUACACCAGCGACGAGGUGGCCGACCUCCAUGGCCACCUUCUCAGCUACCCUGUCGAUGUCAAGAGGGAUGGCACGGUGGCGGCGCUCGAAGGGGUGGAGUUCUUCCCCGACACGAUCGCUCCGGUGCUCGGCGGGUUGUCCCUGCUGGUGAACGUUGGCAGUCCACUCACGAAUUUUGUCCUUAGUACAUAGAGGUCAGACAGUGCAUCGGCUACUGUAUUCCACGGCAGUGUGAUGUCGAUUUCUAGGCUACUAUUAGUACCCUUGUGUUCACCAACAUUUGAAUAAUAAGGUCUUCUGCCUCUUGAAUAAGAUUUAUUUAGUACUA